AUGUAUCGAAUCGGUAAAAAUUUAUUUUUUAUUAAUAAAAAUAAUAGAAAAUUAUCGGCCGGUACGAGGGUCGACUACAAAACCACAUUUUUGAAUUUUUCUGAUCAUGUUAACCCUCCGUAUAGUGUAACGCUCGAACCUAAAUAUGAACCUGAAAAAAUUGAAAAAAGAUGGUACGAUCAUUGGGAAAAAAAUAAUUAUUUUAAACCGACAAAAUCAGAUGUGGAAUCGUUUGUCGUACUUUUUCCACCACCCAACAUAACGGGAACAUUACAUUUGGGUCACGUGCUCACGACAACAGUACAAGAUGUAAUUGCGAGAUGGAAAAGAAUGAAAGGAGAAUCUGUUAUGUGGAUUCCUGGUAUCGAUCAUGCAGGAAUCGCUGCUCAGGUUGCUGUGGAAAAAUACAUAAAAAAAAAAUUUAAUUUAAACAGGAACGAAUUGGGAAAAGAAGAAUUUUUGAAAAAAAUGUACGAAUGGAAAGAAGAUAAAGAAAGGGUGAUUUGUCAACAGUUGAAAAACAUGGGAGCUUCAUUGGAUUGGUCCAAAUUGAAAUUUACAAUGGAUAGUGCUCAUUCCGAUUUGGUUACGAAAUCAUUUAUUAAUUUAUUUGACAAAGGUUUGAUUUAUAGAAAAGAAGCUUUGGUCAAUUGGUCUUGUGCUAUUAAAACUUCAAUAUCGGAUAUUGAAAUUAAUUGGAUUGAUGUUGAAAAAAGAAUGAAAAUAAAUGUUCCAGGGUAUGAGAAACCUGUGGAUUUUGGUUUGAUGUAUAAAAUAGGUUAUAAAAUAUGUGAUGAAGAGAGUGAAAUUAUCGUUGACACAACACGUCCGGAAACGAUGCUUGGCGACGUUGCCAUCGCAGUUCAUCCCUCGGAUUCGAGAUAUUCAAAAUUUAUAAAUAAAAUGGCGUGGCAUCCGUUCAGAAAGGAGAAAAUCCCCGUAAUUGCCGACGAUAUUGUCGAUCCUGAAUUCGGAAGUGGAGCCGUUAAAAUCACACCGUCUCACUCAUCGGAUGAUUAUUCCGUCGCUUCCAAACACAAAUUAAAAUUGAUUAAUGUCAUCAACGAAGAUGGUCGCAUCGAUGCCGUGGGAACCGAUAAUAAAUUUUCCGGUUUGAAAAGAUUCGAUGCGAGAUACGCGAUCGUGAACGAACUUAAAAAUUUGAAACUUUUCAAAGGAUCCUACAAUCAUUCCAUGAAAGUACCCGUUUGUUCAAGGUCUGGAGACGUCAUAGAAUACCUUAUGAAAAAUCAAUGGUUUUUAAAUUGCAAAGAAUUGGCUGCCGAUGCGUUGCAUUUAGUCGAGAGCAACGCGUUGAAAAUUAGUCCGGAUAAUUACAAGGGAAUAUGGCGUAAUUGGUUGAGCAACAUAAAAGAUUGGAACCUUUCGAGACAGUUGUGGUGGGGUCAUAGAAUUCCCAUGUACCACUGUAAAACGAAAGAAAAUGAAUUUUGGAUACCUGCGUCGAGUGUAGAAGAAGCGAAAAGAAAAGCGUGUGAAAAGUUACAAAAGCCUGGAAAUGACAUACAAAUCACUCAAGAUUCCGACGUGUUGGACACGUGGUUUUCAUCAGCACUACUACCUUUAAAUAUUUUGUCAUCGUCUUCGAAUCCUUUCGAUUUGAAAAAAAUCCCGAUUUCCAUUAUGGUCACGGGUUACGACAUAUUAUUUUUUUGGGUGGCAAGAAUGGUGAUGUUAAGCAGGUGUCUGACAGGAGUUUUACCAUUCGAAGAAAUAUAUUUACACGGUCUCAUUUGCGAUUCCCACGGGAUGAAAAUGUCCAAGAGCGUGGGAAACGUCAUUCAUCCCGAAUACGUACUCAGGGGUUGUUCUUUGAACGAUUUGAAAAACGAUCUUAAAAAUAAUUUGGAUGAAAAAUUAAUAACGAGUAAAAAUUAUCAGACGGCGAUUAAAAAACAAGAAAAUAAUUUUCCGAACGGGAUACCGCAGUGCGGAGCAGACGCUCUAAGAUUUUCACUUUGCGUCAACGACAUUCAAGGUUCCGCCGUCAAUUUCGAUUUUAACAUUUGUUACGGUAACAGAGUUUUCUGUAAUAAAAUAUGGCAGUCCAUGAAUUAUUUCAUAAAAGUCGUCAACGAUUGCAACGUGACAACCGAAAACGAUUUCGACGAUUUCGUAUGCGGUCAAAAUCACACAAUUUUUGACAAAUGGAUAAUGUCAAAGUUGGCAGGGGUCGUCAAAAUCGUCGACGAAAGUUUAAACGAAAAUAGAUUUUCUAUUGCGACGCGUGAAAUCAAAGAUUUUUUCCUAAACGAUUUUUGCGGCGUUUAUCUGGAAAGUACAAAAUUGACGGUUAGAGAAAAUUCAAACGAGUGUAAAAAUAUCAUUUACGUCAUGCAUGAUUGUUUGGAAACGGGUUUUAAAUUGUUGUCGCCGUUCAUGCCGUUCGUGACGGAACACCUGUAUCAGGCCAUGCCCAAACUCAAAGGAUUCGACAAAUUCGAAAGCAUAACUAUGACGAAAUUUCCGUCGCCGAAACAUUGGUCUUGUCGCCACGAUGGAAAACUCGAAAAACAAAUGAAAAGUAUUUUACAUUUACUGAGCACGAUUCGAAAAUUAUUGGAUUUGUAUCAGUUGACGAAAAAUAAUCCCAACGUUUUCAUAAAAUCAUCAAACGAUUUCGACGAGUUGUUGUUCGGAGACGCGAAUCGAAUAUUUGCCAAAUUGGGAAGAGUGAAUUGUUUGAAAAAAGUCGAAUCACACGACGGUAGGGAUGUCAUAGAGGAAGAAAUACACGACGGUUGCGUCGCUUACGUAGAACACAAAGUGGGUGGAAUCGAUCGAUUGAUCGAUCAUAAUCGAUUUAGAAUAAAAAUUUGCAAUGAAAAUAAUUUACGUUUGAAUUUUCAGUACGACAGAGAAACGCUGUUGAAACGUUUCGAAACGUCGGUUUUGAGCAAAGAGAAUAAACUGAUUGAAAAUUUGAAAAGGUUGCGGGGCGAAGGAAUGGACAACAAGACGAAAACGAAAAGGAUACAGUAUAAGAAUUCGUUGGAAUCGAUGAGGGGAGAAUUGAAAAAAAUUGAACAGAUAAAAAAAGUCUUAGAUAAUUGUUCGAAUUGA